AUAUGCAAUCAUACUUUUUAGAUUUCAACCAAAAUAAACAUGGCUACCAGAAAGAAUCUACCUAAUUUAAAAAUUUGUGUUGAUAACACCGACUCAACAGAUGAAUCAGAUGUGGAAAUUCAAGGAUCUGAUUCUUCUAGUUCAAGUGAUGAUCAUGUUAUUAAAGUUGAAAGCGUGAGACAAAAAAAUAAACUAGACGGUGGUGAAGAGGAUGAUGUGUUAUCGAUAACAUUGGAUGACAAGCCAACGGAAAGACGGUUUCUCUCAAGAUCUGUUUUGAAUAGUAAAAAAUUGCCAGCAUAUGGACCCAAGAUUUAUGAAAACAAAGCUGGAAACUUUGUGACAGGAUUGGAUAUUACGUCUAAAGAUGCAGUAGAGAAACUAGGGAAGAGGGCAAAAAAGUUUGGUACUUUGAGUAAUCCCAAGCAACCAAUCACUGAUGUGGAUAUAAAAAACCUUUAUAGAAGUCUAGGUAUGAAUAUAGAAAAGUUGGAUGAGGAUCCACGUGGGUGGCGAAUGGAGGCCAUACUCUUACGAGGGACACAAAACAUGAGCACAAAAGAUGUAUUUGAUUAUUUUUCUUCAUAUGCUCCUAAAAACAUUGAAUGGAUAGAUGAUUUUUCUUGUAAUGUUGUCUGGUUGGACAAAUUAACACCAGCUCGAGCUCUUCUCAAACUAAGCUCAAGUAUGAGUGAAGUCAAAAUUGCAGAGAAGGCUGUGGAUGAGCAAAUGACAAGCAAAGACAAAAUAAAAGAAGAAAAUUCAGUUGAGGAAGAGAUCAAAACUCAAGAUGAAUCAAAAAGUGAGGAGGUCAAAGAGAUGGAGGAUACACCAGCUUUGUCACAUGAUGUUGAGACCAGCAGGGAGCCAGUUCUGAAUGUGUUAGAAGAGGAGAUGAUGGAGCUAGAUUAUGAUGACAAUUUAGACUUGACAGCAGAAGAUCCUAUUGACCAGGCCUUGUCCACAUGGUCCAACUUUGCUCAGAACAAAAAGCAACGCUCAGAGCAAGCUAAUCUCAGGAAAUCUGUUGAAGAGAACAAAAUUUUGUCAGGUAAAGAAAAGGUGACCAAGAAAAUUCCAGAGAAUGUUGAUGAGUUAAGUGAGAAAAAGUUUAUAGAAGUUAAAAAAGAUUUCAAAUCAUCAGACAAAACCAAAUUCAAUCAAAAGCCUUCAGUUGACAGUAACAGAUCAGUUGACAUAAUUAGAGAAUCUAAAGAUGACAAGAAAUCAAUGUCCAAAAAAGUUGACAAAUCUAAAGUAAAAGAAAAGAUGGAGAUUGAAGAUGGCUCUGAAUCCGACAGCAGCAGUUCAUCAUCUUCAAGCUCAUCUUCCUCCGAAGGCUCAUCCUCAUCAGAUGGCUCAUCAAGUUCAGGUUCAAGCUCUGAUUCUGAAUCUGGCUCUGCAUCCACAUCAUCGUCAAGUUCAUCCUCAUCUAGUCAAAACAAAAUAAAAAAGAAAAAAAGCAAAGCAGAAAGGGACAUCAAGAAAUGUACUAAGAAACCAGUAGCUCCACCUGUCCUUCCUGGAGCGAGGGAAGCAAGUGAUAUCCCAUGGCCUCCUGGUUGGUGGCGGUUAGGACAACCACAUCCCAAGGCUGAAUAUCUCUUUAUGAGAUAUGCUAUGAAAGCUGAUAAAAAACUUCCAGGGGCUGAAAAAAGAAGCAAGUAUUAUUUGAAGUAUGGCAAUCCUAAUUUUGGUGGUAUCAAAGGUUUAAUAAGCAACUCUAGAAAGCGUCACAUGAGAAAUGUGGAUAGAAGUAGACUGGAAGAGGAGACUUAUGCUACACCAAAUCUUUUGAAAGAGCAUGAGGAGAUUUUGCAACCUAGAUUAGCUGGACCCUCAGACCUAUCUGGUGAACAGCCUGAUGAAGUUGAAGAUGGAGAAGUGGAUGAAAAAGAUGACUUAGAUAAACCUUUACUUAGAGAAGGCAAAGAUUUGCGAGAUUUGCUAAAUAGAGAAGUGGAGACUGUACACUCCAAAUUAAAUGAUGAGACUAAAGAAUCAGAUGAUGAAAUGGACUAUGGAGCAGAGUUGAAAAAGCUCAUGAGAGAAACUUCACCUCCAGCUAAAAAGAGAUUUAUGCGUAUGCAUGCUGAUGAUGAAGAAGAAAGGAUAGAAAAAAGAAGACUACUAGCCAUGGUCAAGAAGCAGAGGCGUCCAGUCAAUGCAAUAGACUAUGAGGAAAAUGUUAUUGAAUCAGAAAAAAACCCAGUUAGGAAGCAGUGGGUGGACUAUGAUAAUGUAGAGGAUGAUGAUCCUUUUAAUCUGUUUGGUACUGCCAAGCCUCAACAGCAGUUUCAUUCUGACACAGAGGACAGUAGUGAUGAUAAUACUUACCACAAGAGAUACAGUCGUGAUAAUUCAUUGGAUGGCAAGAGAGAGAAGAGUAUGAAACUAAGACUGGGUGCUGGCUUUGAUUCCAGAGUCAACUCUUCCCAAGGUGUUAUUGACCUUCGAGCAAAGCUCCAAGGCAAAAGAAGGACAGGCAAUCGUAAUUGGUGAAAUUUAUUUUCAUUUAUUGUGCUAAAAAGAAAUUAUCACCAAUUGGAAUGCUUUAAUCGAAAUGAAUUUAAUUGUUUUCAGGACAAUAGCUUUCAUUGUUAUGGAUAACAAAAAGUCUCAUAGUUGUUGUACACACAUAGUUUUACUGUUGUUGACUUUUGACUAGGAAAUGAACAAGGUUUUUAAAUUGUAACAUUGAGGUAAGCAACAUGUGUCUACAAUAGGAAGCAUUAUAUUGAAGUAUUUUUCAUGAUCAUUUUUGAAAUUCUUUGAAUUGUACUGGUACAAAUAAAAUGAAUAUUGUGUAA